AGGAGAAAAGGCUUAUCAAACCGAUAGCCGUGCGACCUAUCACACCCAAUGGAGCUCCCAGCAGUCGAGGCUCAGCUACUCCUGAUAACAUAGCUGAUUUACCACGAGUUCCAGAUGUUGUAUCUGCCGCACAAACUCACCGGGACCAUGUGUCAACGGGUACUAACCAUUUUGCACCUGCUCGUCCGUACCCAAUAAAAUCUCAGUCCCUUCAGGAUAUUAAGUUCAUGAACGGUGGGAAACGCUCCAGUAUUUCAUCUGUGCAUCAGCUAUGUGAGUUGAAACCGUCGCUGAAAAGAGCCCCAAUAUCGCAGUCCCUGAACCAACUCAACUUUAAUUAUUUAUACAACUCGCACCAGAACGGUGGGCACAGACCACCUGAUUAUCUCCGAAACAAUCGUACAAAUCAUUCAAGUUAUAAUUCAGAUUAUCGUCAUCAUCCACCCAUGCAGGACUCGCGUAGACAUAGCAACUCUAGUUUUACUUCUAGCCAAGCAAUGGAUUAUCGAUCAGUCAACCACUAUGAUGAUUCGCUGUCCCAUGCCUCAUCACACCUGUCUUCGGGUGUCGUCAUGGAGGAGGAUGAAAUGGAAACCAUUUAUGAGCUCAAACAAAAAAUACAGGAACAUGAAUCCCAGAUAACAAUACUGCGACAAACCAUGGAGCAAAAUGAACAAAUCAUAUUUAAAGUAUACGAAGAAAAACAACAGAUGUGGGACGAUGAGAUGGAUGAAAUGAGAGAAGAUCUGAAACAUGCUGAAGAUAAGAUGUAUAAAAUGGAACAAACUCUAAGAAGACAGAUUUACCAACUUGAACAAGAUAAGAAACGAAUGACAAAAGACAUGGACAAGCUGAGACAUGAAAGAGAUAUACUACACAGAAAACUAGGAUCUUAUAAAGAUGAAAAAACAACAUUUUUAAACCAAAUUGAGGAGGCUAAAUGGCAAGUUUGUCAAAAAUCUGGUGAGAUAUCGCUGCUGAAAACGCAUCUAAAAGACAGUAAAUCUGAAAUAAGUCACAAGAUGAAUGAGGUGAUUAAUAUGAAGUCUAAAUUAAAGGACGCUAAAAUGGUGCUCGGUGAAAAGGAAAAUGAAGUAUGUAUGUUAAAGGAAAGGUUGUCACAAAAAGAUGAAAAUAGUGUGCAGGGAGAUCUGAGUGAAGAAGGGGACAGUAUUGACAAAAGUAUUGCGAGUGAUGUGAAUGAUGCUGUAGAACAGUUACAAAUCAAACUUUGCCAAAAAGAAAACGAGCUAAGUUCUGAGAAAUUUGAAGUUGUGCAACUACAGGAGGCUAGGGACAGGCUUGAAAAGCAGUUGUCAGAAAAAGAAAAAGAGUUUGUAGCUUUUCAGGAAUCUAUGGGUCGAAAAGGGAACGAACUUAGUCAAUCGAAAUGCGAGAUUUCAUAUCUACAAGAAGUUCAAGAGAAAUUAAGUCAACAGAUUUGUGAAAAGAAUAAUGAAAUAGUUGAUCUCCAGGAUAGUUUGAAACAGUUGCGAGAAAAUGAUGAAGUAGUGGCAGUUAUUAGGGAGAAAUUAUUGCAACGUGAACGCGAGGUUAUUGCAUUAGAGGAAAAACUAGGUCAGAUUGAAUCUGAGAAGGAUAGUGAAGUGUCUACGCUUCAUCGCAGAUUAAGCCAAAAAGAAUGUGAAAUUUCUGCAAUACAAGCCAAGUUUAACCAAAUAGAAAGGGAGAAACUUUUGUUGCAGUCCAAAGUUGCCAGGCUAAAAGACAACAAUAAUGUCGGAACUCAGAAACUAAUGGAACAGGAUAUGAUGAAGCUACAGGUGCAAGUCACCAAGCAGGAGCGGCUUCUGCUGGAACAGAACAAUGAGUUGUCACUCCAGAAACAUAAACAUAUGAAUGAAAACAAGGGACUGCAAACGAAACUCUCAAAUAUGGAAAAGGACUGUUCCAAGUGGCAUGAAAAGGUGAUUCAGAGAGAGGGAGAAAUCAAAAAUGUGCGUGAGAAAUUAAAUGCCAAGGAGAACGAAAUUGCCAGGUUGAAAGGCAAACUAAACCAGCAUGAGGGUCGUGAGGCGAGUAUUCAGAGUCAAAAUCUGUCAUUGAAGCGAGACAUCGGCAACCUUAAAGAAGAAAUUCAGACUUUAAAAAGUGAGAAAAUUGCGCUUGAAGCACAGUUAGAAAAAGCCAGGUCUGAAACAAUCACAGUGCAGAGAAAGUUUGAAAAAGUCACCAACGAGGUACGCGGUCUAAAAAACCAGAUGGAUUCAACAUUACAUAAUGGACUAAUCAGCCAAUCAGAUGAUGUCAAAGAACCGCCAAAAAGUAGCGUGAUUAUAGACAAUCUUCAGACUGAGGUUCAGAAACUGAAAACCGAACUAAAGAAAACAAAAGAUCUGAAUGAGGAACAGCAGUCAUAUUUCGAAAAAGAACGCGACACUUGGCAGGAAGAAAAGGAAAAAGUGAUUAAGUAUCAGAAACAGCUGCAGUUGAACUAUAUACAAAUGUUCCGUAAAAACAAGAAUCUGGAGAAAGAAAUCCAGCAUCUUAUGGUGGAGUUUGAGAGAAGGCAUCUAAAUGAGGUGGUCGAUCAUGUCUAA